AUGGGAUACGAUUUAUACCCUGAACGUAGAGGCCAAAAAUAUUCACCUAGUUUGAAAAAAUUAUACUCGGAUCGAGGAAGAGAAAGUACAGAUAAAUUAAAAUGUGAAAAAAAUGUUUUUGCUUGUAUUAAGAAAAGUCCUAUCGUAAAAUUAAUGAUGGGUGCAUUGAAAAGUUCCGGCUGUGAGAUGGAUAUCCGAAGACAUAUAUCGUGUGAAGUUUGUGAUAUUUCUGUAAGUGGGGGUUAUGAUCCGGAAUUGAAUCAGAUAGUUAUUUGUCAGAAUGUGGCUAGAUCACAAGGAAUGGUCCAAGGUGUCCUAACACAUGAAAUGAUACAUAUGUUUGAUUUUUGUCGAAAUGAACUUGACUUUAAGAACAUUGAUCAUUUAGCCUGUACAGAAAUCAGGGCUGCUAACUUAACUCACUGCUCGUUCUUGAGUGCAUGGGGCCAAGGAGAUGCCUCAAUAUUUAAUGUAAAAGAAGCUCAUCAGAACUGUGUGAAAACAAAAGCUCUGAACUCAGUAUUAGCCGUACGAAAUGUAACUCGAGAUCAAGCAAUAGAUGCUGUAGAACGAGUAUUUCCAAAAUGCUAUGCAGAUUUAGAACCAAUAGGCAGGAGAGUGCGUCGAAAUUCUAGAGAUAUGGAUAAAGCGUAUAUGGAAGGACCUAUGUAUGGCUAUGAUGUAUAAGAUUGGAAGUACAUGUAGUAUUGAAAAUAAAUAUUUAAUAAAACAUCAAAAAUAUAUUUACAAU